ACAAAAUAUGGGACACCGGUUUAAGUCAAAAGAGAGAAAAUUUCUCGGAGAUUUUUUCUUUUAAUUGUUUAAAAUACUUCAUCUCAUCGCUUGUACCUGAUCUUUCGUGAGGACGACUAAUUCGUCCAGAAGUAAAAUGAAGGAAAUUGUCAUAUCCUUUACCCUGUUAAUCGCAUUUUCAGUAAAUGCCAACGUUCAAACAAAAGGAACAAAAGGUAAGUCCUACCAAGAUUUAAUCGUUUUCGUCGACACUCUGUCAGUUGAACUAGUAUGUACUUUUACUUAAUUUCUUUUGACGAGAAAGAAACUUCUAUAAAACUUGUCAUACACAUGCUACUUGUUGACUUCCACUCAAUUUCUUCCCAACUAGAAUGAUUAAACAAAAUACUUCAUUAUGUAGUUUUAUGUGUGAUGACCGAAAUGAUGUCAAAAUUGCAUUGCAUUAAUUGAAAGCUAAGAAAGAUACUUGUUAAAAAGUUGUGCAUGCAUGUAAUUACGUUCUUGAAAAUGUCAGCAAACAAAAAGUAACUGUUCGCUUUGACGAGAAUGGUCAUUAACACUAAUUUGUUGUCGUCCAUGUCGAUAGUCAAAGGUUAUCAUAAACCUAAGAGAUGGGUAAGACCAAUAGUGCACAGACCAAUCAAACACCAACACGUCAGAUCUAAUCACAAGAAACACGACGUGCUCACGUUAGCAGCUCCGCCGAGCGUGGUUUCCGUUCUUCCCUCUACGCGCACUAUGACCCUUAUGCCAAACGGUGUACCAACCGCUGCGGGUGAAUACGUUCAGCAUUUGAUGCACCAUCACCCGCUCAAUAUACCCGUGUACCACGGUGGAGACGGUAUUUAUCCAGUUCAUGUACCAGAACACUUUGGACCACUUGGACCGUUUGGACACCAUCGGUUUUACAGGCACCGCUUGUGGCCCAGUUUUGGAUAUGGUGUUAAUUAUCCCUACGCACAUGGCUUUGUAUCUGGUCCUUGGUACGGUCCGCUACCUGGGCAUGCCUUCGGAUAUGGAUACCACCGCCAUUAUGGACGUAGACAACCCCGGAGACAUGGACCAGCUGGUUAUUGGUAUGGAUUAGGACAUGGGUAUCGCAGAGGAUUCUUUCAUAGGCAUGGGUAUAGCCGUAGCCGGGAUGGUACGUUAUCAAUAAAAAUGAUAAUUGACUUCAUUUAAGGAAGUCUCCGCGGACCUACCAAAUUUGUGGUCGCUCUCAAAUGCCUGAUAGCAUAGCAAUUUGACUGGAAAAUGACGGAAGCAGAGCUUGGAGUAAAAACUGUUGAUCCGUGACGCCAUUUUAGUGGAUACUUUUUAGACCAUUUAAAUUUGAGAUAUAAGGUGUCGUCGGCAAAUACACUUGCUCCCCCGCUUAACGUUACAGACAAUUAGGGGAAGGGGACAUUUAAGGGGAAAGGGGCAAGGGGCUGGGAAAAGGCACUUCACGUUAGUGCGGAUCAUUUUUGAACAAAAGAAAACUCAUAACAGUUUCAUGAUUCUUACAUCAGCUUAGAGAAUACAUCUUACAUCACGGUCGUCGUGACGUUAUUAAAAAAACCAGGGUACAUUAAAGAAGUGUACGUGGACGUUAAGGACGGGUGUGGGGGGGGGGGGAGGGGGUGACCUGAACGUAAAGUUGACGUUAAGCCGGGACUAAGUGAAUAGGUAAUACUAGAGAAUUUAUGUCUGUGGUAAACAAACUCCUCGACUAAUGCUCAAUUGUGCAAAUACAAGUGAUGUGAGCAACAAAGAAAGUCUGUGUUGUGAAUACAUCGAAUGAGCCAUACAAGUCAUGUGUUUACUGUGAAUGAAGCAGAUGAACCAUCAGGUGUAAAUAAUAGAAUAUUCAUUAUGAAUUACUGGUUAAAAUACGAACUCAUAUUUGAACUAUGAGCCCUUUGAUUAGCUUAAUCGGAUAUCUAAAAUGGUUGACCAAUUAUCCAAAUAAUCGGAAGACGCCGUUGACAUUGUUUAAGCUCCGGUAUUGCUCCCUGAAUUCAAUAUGCGGAGCCUCUGAUAUACAGUUCAGUUCAGUUCAAGAUAUUUUAAAAAGCAGUCUUGAUAGUAGAGGCAUGUGACAUUAUGGAGUUUCGUUAUUGACCAGAGAAAUAACGUCGGUUUCAGUUCUUUUAUCUCAGUACUCUUUGAAAUGAAACAACUUUUCCCCACAGGAAACUGGUGGUUUAAUCCAAUAACAGGCUGGUAUCCUUACUCAUUUGACCAUAGGGUGGAUUUGCGUGGCGAUAACGGCCCAGAAACAAUGUUUGUUGAAAGAAGUCUUGUGCGUAAGUCAAUUUAAAUUGUUCUUAAUAAUAGGUACUAAAAAUCCAUUUCGCCUAAUUUACAGAAACUGUGUUUUGUCAGCAUUAUUUUUCCAAUAAAGUUUAAUGUAAAUUAAAAACUAAAUUAAUAAAUAAGAAACUGAUCAAGAAAGAAAUCGUACAGUGCAAAGAAAACAAUAAUUUUUGAAUGAAGAUAUGAUCGUCGCGGUGGUAGUUGCAAUUUAAGCAACUGUAAAUUAAACGUACCCGAAAAAAAUUUUGGGACUUCAACGGGAUUCGAACUUUUGGCCUCUAGGUUAGCUCUAGCUCAUGGCUCAAUUAAGAGCACUGCAGCGCUAACGCAGAGGCCAUGGGUUCCAAUCCCGUUGAUGCUGCGAAAUUUUUUCGGUUAAUUUGCAAUUGCUUAAAUUGCAAUUACCACUACGAUGACCAUAUCUUCAUUUCAAAUUUGUAUUUCCGCAAUUCACAUCAUCUUCAUUUAACCCGUUAAUGUGAGACAAACGACAUAGUACUUGUCUUUAACUUAAACAACGUUUUUUUUUUUCUCAGCAACUUCCCACAAAGGCUCUAGAGUUCAUUCAAAAGUCAAAAGGGGGCGCAUGACUGAAACUGGAAGAAAUGGAGAAAAAAUGAAGAGACUACGCGUGGUGUAUCCAGCCCGACACCGCCAAGUGCAUCAUGGAUCCGCAAUAGGGCGCAAGCUUAUUCCAUUUGGGUUUCGUAUUCAGCGUUACAAAUUAAGCUUGAUUCCGUUUAAGAGGAAGCUAAACCGACCAAGUGAAUUUCAGAAAUUCAAAAAUGCUCUCAAAAAGUCCUUUAAAUUAUCACUGAAAAAUUCACUUAAAAAGCCAGUUCAAAAUACUUUCAAAAAGUCGAUUCGCAAGUUUAUUAAAAAGUCUAGGAAGAUAGCUGGCUUGAAAAGACAUUAAGGUAUUUUUAAUAAGGGUUCUACACUCUGGAAUAUGAAUCUUUUGUGUAUUUUUAUAAUUGUCUCUUUUUCUAAAUGUUUCUUGUCAAACGGGCUGUGUCACGACCAGCUAUUUCAUUUUGUUCAUAAUGCCAGGUACGCGUCCAACCUCUCUCUCAGGAUUCUCUCCUUCCCGUCCCUACUGAGCGACGGGUAGAAAAAGAAACCUGGGAACGAGGUUGUUACGCGUUCUUAUUCGCUUGAAAAUUAAGAUGUUACAGCUUUCUGUCAAACAAAUAUGUCUCCCAAGCAUUAUAGCAAACGUUACAAAGAACAAAACUUAACUUUGAAAAAACUACUAGGCUAACAUCUUUUGAAACCACAAUUGCAAUCCGUUUCAAUCUUUUUCAAGUUUGUUUAUCCAUGCUUCCUUUUGUAUUUACUGUGUCAUUUAUUCCUUCUUUUAAUGUUUUGAGCGGCGGUGAUUUAUGUUCGCGGCAGCAGUUCCCACCAAGAGAGGAUUGAAUUUUGAUGAAUGUCAUAACACAGCUCUUUUAAGAAAGAGCACAAUUUGACCUUUUUAUUCUACACGAACCAGUUACGUCUAGGCAUUUUUUCCUUAACUUGCCCAAGAUUUAUUUUGUAUUGAAACAGAAUUUUUAAAGGUCAAACAAACCUGUGGCAUGUGAGGUUGUCAACCAUUUACAAGUGUGGACAAGGAAAAAAUACUUCAAGAAACAUUUUGCCCGUAACAUUUUUUCACAGUUCAGUCAAAUUAACACAAGAGACAUGACAUUAUUUUCUUCCCGAUAUGAAUUAGCUAUGAGUUGCAUCUCGUGUUUUGGUUUACUCAUUGAGUUAACUUAUGUUUACACGAUCCUUUGGGGAAAUGUGUAUUUUUCUUCCCAGAAUGAUUUACGUUGUUGUUCGGGACGAGAACAUCAACCAUACAAACAAUUGAAAAACAAGAAAAAGCAAAAUAAAAAUACAUGAGAACUCGCCCUCGGAAGGGAUCAUCUAUGUAAACAGGCCAAAAACUCAAAGGCUUGACUUACUUCCUAUGUAGCUCUUCACACCAAGGUAGUAUUCCCUUAAAUUCAAUUUCAAUGAUAAGAUGAAUUGCAACCCGCUGCUGUCACGAAAUCUGGCUUCUUCGAUACAAUUCAGUAGUGGUGGACGACUUGUAGAAAAAUUGGUCACCAACCUACCAUUGUGCAAUGAUCCACACGAGGAGUUGGAUCGUUCAGAUUUCCAGUCUGCGUUCCAACUAGGCUAAUGUAAAGUCACAUAAAUAGACAGUUCUCUUAUCUUAAGCGCCAAAAAUGUUUUCCACGAGGCAAAACUCUGAUCGAUAUUUCAGUCUUUUUAGACUACGAACAGUCUCUCUUUUUCUUCAGAUUUAGUAAGGGGAUUGAGCGCGCGCGAGGUUAGGGUUAGUUCAGUCACGCGAAUGGUCAUUUGCGCGUCUCGGGCGUCUUGCUCGACGGACCAAGAAAAAAGAGAGACUGCUCGUAGUCUACAGUUUUUUUGGAUUAUAUCUUUAAUUAUCAUAAAUAUACAAAAAGUCUGGAUCGCUUUAAUCAGAAGAUGGAAUUUGUAAAAAGGGACACACCUAACUACAGAAUUAUAAUCUCAAACUAAAAUCAGAAAUCAAUGUAAAACUAAUCAAACUUCAUGCAACUAUAACCGCAAACCAUGAUCUAAUUAAAUAUACUUCGCACCGAAACUACGUAUGUCCUUAAUCUGUUAUACUGCUUCGCGAAGUUAAUAUCCUAGUUGAGCCAUUUCUUAGUUUCCACGAAAUAACUAACGUCUGAUUCUAUGGCUUAGCUGUGAAAAAAUACAAAUUACCAAUAAAAACAGAAGUUGUGGCUUAUCCUAGCUUUGCCCCAUACUCUUCCGCACGUUAGUUAGCGAAUCCAACCCAGAAGGCCUUAGGUUCAAGUCUGUUAGAGUUUUCUUUGUCCAAUAAUCGUGAUGAUUGUGUCAAUAGUUUCAAUAGUGGCAAACCAGACUGUGCUGUCGCUUUGGUUCAUUAAAGGGUGUUUUACAUUCCCUUCUAACGUCCUUUUUUACACAAUAAUUUUUUUAUGCCAUGACGGCACUUUCAACGUUUCAAAUUUUGCAUUGUUUAAAGUGAAGCUUCAGGGAAUAUGGCUUCUGUUCGACAUCCGUCGAUCUUCCUAACAAAACAGCGGUCAAUAGUCAAAAAAUCAUGAGACAAAUACAACCUGUCCUAACAACAUGCCUUUCGUCAUGUGGCAAUCUUCCAUUCUGUAGUCCUGUCCAAGCUAGCUAAGACGAUUUUGACGCAGCAAUAUAUCCAAGCUGAUGAGAAGCGCACGCUUUAGGACAAAUUUUGUUUCGAUGAUGGUUCGCUCGCAGGGGAGUCGUAAUUCGUACCUGGAAUAUGUCCUGCAGCUGACUUAACACCAUAGAGCAAAGUGCUGAGGACUCAGGUCUGAUAGGCUUUCAGUUUACUGUUGUAGGUCGGCUGAUUAUUUGAAUACGUGCCCUUGUCAAUCAAAGUAUGGAUUAUGUGAAUAACUUGGCUUUCUUGACAUUCCUAGUAGCCCAGCUGGUUCAAGAUAGCCCACCAGUCAGUCGCGGAUUGUUACGUACUAUUUACUGUUUUUUUUUGUUUGUCCCAUGCUUGGUAUCACAAACACCACACCUACCCUACUUUUUCCAUUUCAAGACUAAGCUAGAAGUUUAUUAUCUUUUCUUUUAACACGCCCCUUAUGUAGGUUUAAUGGACUGUUCUCUUCUAUUUUCCAAAUAUCGGGUACCAGUUGCACAUGCUUCUGAAUAUAAAACAAACAGGUUGUUCAAAGCAUAACUAAUCUUUUGUUGGACGUAUCUUGUCCAUUUUGAAUGAGUUGAUCAAACAGACAAGAGUUUUUAUUGACUUUACAAGUAAUCACUCCUUAUAAAAUCACAUACUGCUGCCGUUUGAGACAGAGCAGGUAUGUUCUGACUUCUGUCCAUUAUUUUACAUCCCUCAGACGUUGAUGUUUCAGACAAAAGCGAAAAGUAAACUAAAAACUUAACAGUAGUAAAAUUAUCCAUUAAAACGGCAUUUUGAUUACUAUUUUGAGAAAAAAAUUUAUCUCCAUAAAGUUUUAUCUAUCAAAGCAGCAAACUGUUCAGUCUUUUCGUUAUGCGAGUGUUUGAUUCUCAAUUACCAUCCACCUGUAUUCGUUCUUGCGAAAUAAAAUGAAUCAAACCUUUACUUCGCCAAAAUCAGCACUUGGUGUACUGUUAAUCGUCUGAUAGUAUUACUUCUUUCAACCUCAGAAUACAUGUGUAUUAUAUUUCGUUUCUGAUCCAAAAACUAUUCAGUUGAAUAAGUCCUCGUCUUGACAGCGAUAAACAACGAUAAGAUUGAGUAAAUCAAAUGAUGUUUCGAUGAAUUUUCAAUCAUAACAAAUAUCAUUUGUUUAGCCUUCACUGGUUGUUUAAUUAAAAGUAAUCACCUUAUAAUCAACCGUUUCAAUAUUUUGAGACGUUCAACUUUGACCAUUUCUUUAACGGAAACUAUGGUGUGAUUUUAGUGUGACAGUUUUGAUUGAUACCUACAACUCUUAACAAGGAAUAUACCAUUCUAACACACUGCAUUUGGUUUACUUUUAGGUAGUCAAGUCAAUGCUUUCUUCUUUACUGUUUCACGGAUUUUCGCUGUCAUGAAAAGCAUGAACGUCAUAAUUUUUUUGCUAUUGCUUUGUUAUAUUGUUAGAAGUGACUGCUCUCUGACGAAAGGUAAGCCCUCGUGGAGGAAAAGUUAUGUUUGUUUCAAGCUUCCAGGUGAAAUUGUAGGGCCCUUGCAUGAAGAUUUCUCCAUGUCUGGACAGUUACUUUUAAAGAACUGAGAUGCUCUUUUUUUACACUUAACCUGAAAAACAACAGACCAGGGGACUAUUUUUUAUACCUUUUUAUUUGUCAGUUCUUCACAUAGAAUGACAGUAGCAAUUUUGACCUUCGCUUACGAUUUCCCCCACGAUCUGACCAACAACAUCGAGGUAUAAGCUGUAUUCUUACCUCCUAUUAGGUAAUACGAAAACAACAAGGAACUCCAGUCACAUAAGUAACAUAGUAAAGAAGCAGCAAGUGCUCGUACCACUUGGAAAUUUUGCAGCUUCCAACUUUGGUCCAGCGGUCGCAAUUUCACCGAUGUUUCACUUAGAAGGGACAAACGAAGUCGCUUCUUUAAAAGAACCUUCAACUGCCUUCUUAAACGGCAACGACCAGGCAACUCCCUGUAUUGUUCCAGUGAACAGUCGCCAAAUGAACGACUUUGAAGAACAUUUACCAGAAGCUCCACUUGAAGAAAACAACUUUAGCACAGAUUCGUCUUUGUUCGACACCGAUGAGAUGGAAAGCUUUAGAGAUAGUGCUGAAGAUAAAGAAGAUGCUAACAAAGGCGAUGUGGCGUUUACAGGCGAUGAAGAUCAAACAACAUCUUAUGAUGCCGGAUACUUGAACCAGUCUUCUGAAGAGGAAGAAUCAGAGCCAUCCCACGCCAUGGUGGAGUAUAAGAACUAUGACAGUAAUUAUAUGUCAAAUGCUGAUAGUCAAGGUCUUCCAACUCUGUCCUCUAUAAUUGCUUCUAGACUAAAAGCGAAAGAUGCAUCAAGUUCCUUUGGUUUAGGCCAUUCUGCCACUAGUAUCUCAAACUAUGCAAUGAUGGCUAAACAGCUUUCAAAAAAUAAACACCUUGAAGUUGAAAAUCCUCUUGAGCUCCAUUCUGUAACGACAGCAACAAAGAAAGACAAUUCCACCAAUGUCGAUAUGACUGCUGAUGAAGGCGACGACAGAAAGAGGGACGAUGCUAAGAAAAAACAAUACAAGGCAAUGCUAAAAAACGCUGAAACGGCGGCAAAUCUUGCAGAGACAGCAAAAACUUUGACAAAGCUUGUCAAAAAGUUGACAGAGCAUGAGGUAAUGAUGAGCAGAAAACAAGGGAAGGAAAUUGAAUCCAAGAGAAAUGACAGUGAAGGUUUG